ACCACCAUACCCACUUGACCAAGAAGCAGUCAUCAUGUCCAAGUUCCUUCGCAAACUGGACAAGAUCGCGGACAAAAUUCCGGAGGGUUUUGGCCAUGCGCGCGCCAUGGCUAUAGGUAUCCUCAACCCGGAUCGACGUCACGAUGAUCCCGAGGAGAAACGUGCGGACAUGGUUCGCGCCGAGAUUAUGGCAGGCCACCGGUUCCAUUCAUUCGCGGACCAACGUUCGCAGAACUUUGUGAAAUGGCAUAUUGACGGACAUGACUACAUGUGGGCCGUCUCCGAACUACUCGAGAGCGCCCGCGAAGCCAUCUUUAUCUUGGACUGGUGGUUGACGCCCGAGCUUUACCUCCGCCGCCCGCCUGCCAAGUAUCCGGAAUGGCGCAUCGACCGAAUCCUCAAGCGCAAGGCCGAACAGGGUGUCAAGGUCUAUGUCAUCGUCUACAAGGAGAUUACGCAGACGAUGUCCAUGAGUUCUCACCACACCAAGGUACGGCUUGAGGCGCUCCACCCGAACAUCACAUGCAUGCGGCACCCCGACCACAUUGGGAGCAAAGACGACGUCGAAUUCUGGUCUCACCACGAGAAAGUUGUGGUAGUUGACAACCGCAUGGCCUGCAUCGGUGGUCUUGACCUGUGCUUCGGUCGCUGGGACACUCAUAACCACCCCCUCGCCGACGUGCACCCGACGAACCCGGAGGAUACCCUCUUCCCCGGACAGGACUACAACAACGCGCGUAUCAUGGAUUUCGCUAAUGUGCCAAACUACGUCAGCAACGGCCUGAGCGCGAUCGAAAGCGCGCGCAUGCCGUGGCACGACGUGCAUAUGACGCUUACUGGCACCGUCGUGCUCGACAUCGUGCAGCACUUCGUUGAACGCUGGAACGAGGUCAAGAAGCGCAAGUACCGCAACGACGAGCGUUUCGACUGGCUCGCCCUUCCCCACGAUGUCGAGCUGUCACCCAACGAAGCUGUCGUUCGUCACCCUCACCGUGAGCGUUGGCAUGAGAUUGGCAGGAGCUUCAGGGACCACUUCCACCGUCGCCGUCACGACGACGAGCCCGCGGAUUACGACGGUGACCACCCGGUUGCACGCGGCUCAUGCCGUGUGCAGGCCGUCCGCAGUGUGUCCGACUGGAGCCACGGCACCCUGACCGAGCAGAGUAUCCAGAAUGCGUACAUUGAGUUGAUCACGAAUGCGGAGCAUUUCAUCUACAUUGAGAACCAGUUCUUCAUCUCGAACACGGUCGAGGAUGGGCCUGUCAAGAACCUGAUUGCGCGGGCGCUCGUCGAGCGUAUUGUGCGCGCAGGGCGCGAGGGCAAGCGGUUCCGUGUUGUGGUCGUCAUUCCCGAGGUCCCUGGAUUCGCCGGACAGGUUAAGGAUGAGACUUCCGUCAAGACCAUCAUGGCUGCCCAGUACCGCACCAUCAACCGUGGCGGCCACAGCAUCUACGAGGAGGUCCGCAAGGCGGGCUACGAGCCGUCUGACUACAUCCGAUUCUUCCACCUUCGCGCGUACGACCGCAUCAACGCACCUUUCACAUCGUACAUCCACCCGAUCGAAGAGCGCAGCGGCAUCGUGUUUCACCAGCUUCAUGUUGCGCUCGCCCGGCUCUGGGUCGGCGACCGGAUGAACCCUGACGACCCGAAGGACGUCUCAGUGUCGAUCCCUACCGGGAAGUCACUCGUAGAGCAGUCCACCUCCGGCGCCAAGCCGGAGAUGAAGACGGAGACGUACCCGCUCCCGGAAACGGUGGAAGAAGCACAGGACAUUGUCGACCGCUGGAACCGUGCGGCGCAGGAAAUCCGCAGCGACGAGGAUGUCGCGGACAAUGUCGUGCAGCACAUGCUGCAUGACCGCACCACGUUGCUCGACGAGAAGUGGCUCGGCACUGAGGAGGAGGAGCGAAACGCUUACGUGUCUGAGCUGCUGUACAUCCACUCGAAGGUUAUGAUCGUCGACGACAGGAGAGUCAUCAUGGGCUCAGCCAACCUGAACGAUCGUAGCCAGAAGGGUGACGGUGAUUCCGAAAUCGCCCUCGUCGUCGAAGACGAGGAUAUGAUCGAGUCGACUAUGAACGGUGAGCCCUACCAGGUCGGCCGUUUUGCCGCCUCUCUGCGUCGUAAGCUCUACCGCGAGCACCUGGGCCUCAUCCCGCCUCAAGACUGCGACAACCAGCCGGACUCGUUCCAGCGCCCCGCGCCGCACCCCAACGCGGACGAGACGGAGCAAGAUGAGGACCGCGCCGUCGCGGACCCGAUCUGUGACGACACGAUGAACCUGUGGGAGAACACUGCGCGCACGAACCGCGAGAUCUUCACGGAGAUCUUCCGCCCGGUGCCCACCAACCUGAUCCGCUCGUUCAAGGACUACGAUAGCUACGUGCCGAAGGUGAUGACCGGCCACGUCGUCCCGGAUAUCCCGCUCGACCGCAUCAAGGACCGUCUCUCGCAUGUGCGCGGCGCUUUGGUCGAGUGUCCGAUGGACUUCCUGAUUGACCAGGAUGACUUCGUCGAGGGCCCAGACUGGAAGGGUCUGAACCCGACGCUCCCGAUCUACAUCUAAGGUAUCUAUAUGUGCAGAAUGUGCAACCACAUGUCGCCUGGAUCUUGGACUACUAUCUCGAGCUUGUAUGUAUGACUAGUGCUUGAAGUUGUUACUGAAUAAGAAAUGCUGUAGGUUGUGCCAUGACUCCGUUUGUCG